GGAAUUUCGGGAAAGGCAAUGCGCAUGCGCCCUGUGCAUAUCCCUCUCACGUGGGGGGACGGGGAGCGUGUCAGAUCCAUCCACGCUCACUGAAGGGGUGAACAUCCACACCGGCACUCACACCUCAACACACGUCCAGAAAUGGCCUUCAGGAAGUUCCUGCCUCUGUUCGACCGGGUGCUGGUGGAGCGCUUCACAGCCGAGACGGUGACAAAGGGAGGCAUCAUGUUGCCGGAGAAGUCACAGGGCAAAGUUCUGCAGGCCACGGUGUUGGCCACCGGGCCGGGCUCUGUCAACCAGAAAGGAGACUUUCAACCAAUCAGCGUGAAGGUUGGAGAGAAGGUUCUUCUUCCAGAGUACGGAGGAACCAAAGUCGUUCUGGACGACAAGGACUAUUUCUUGUUCCGUGAUGCCGACAUCCUCGGCAAAUAUGUAGAUUAAGUCCUUUUUUCUUUCUUUUUUUUUGUGAAAAGUCUGUCAUCCUUGCAGAGAAGAAAUUAACUUCAUCAUGUCUGUCGUUCUUUUUUUUAAGUUGUAUUGUAAAUAAUUCCAAUCAAAUUUUGUUACAAUAAUAAACUCCAACUCCAUGCUGUAA